GGCUCAUGUGACUUUCACAAAUCUGAAGUGCACCUUUUUGAAUGAGAGCUUAGGUGAGUUCAAAAUUUGUCGCAUCAGAGCCGUCAAUCGCACACACAAAUAUAUUUCGAUGUAUGCAAAACCCAAAAUCAUACUUGAUGAUAUAACUGGUAAUAUGAAAAUAAUGCGCUAUGAUUAUGGAUAUAAGCCUUUCUUCAUUGACAUAACAAUUGAUGUUUGCAAGUAUCUGAAGAAUCCACAGAAUGUCAUUGUCACGACAUUCUACAACACAUUUAAGAAAAUGUCCAAUAUAAAUCAUACUUGCCCCUAUAAGCAUGAUGUUAUUGUUGAUAAAGUGUGGACUGGAAAUCUCGAAAAUGAUUUCAGCAAAUAUUUACCCAUUCCAAAUGGCGACUAUGCAAUCUAUUGCACUUUUAAUGUUUCUAAUGUUGAGCUCGUUAAAAUAUUUAUUUAUGUACGAAAAAGUUGAGUUGCAUUUCUCAAUUCAAUAC